CAUCACAGAACCUGUCGUUUCAUUGCAUCGUGUUGUUUACUGUAUUUAUAUGUGUCGGAAUAUUUUAAAUUAAAGAUGUGGUUCAUUUAUUUACUCAGUUGGUUGUCUUUGGUAAUACAGAUAUGCUUCGUUACUCUCGCUAUUGCUGCAGGAUUGUACUACCUGGCAGAGUUAAUAGAGGAGUAUACAGUCGCCACCAGUCGAAUAAUAAAAUACAUGAUACUGAUCUCCACAGCAGUGUUAGUAGGGCUGUACAUGUUUGAGGGUUUUCCCAUGUUCAUGAUUGGAAUUGGCCUCUUCACCAACCUGGUGUACUUUGGCCUGCUGCAGACGUUCCCUUACAUCAUGCUCAGCUCACCAAACUUCAUCCUGUCAUGUAUACUGGUGGUGAUAAAUCAUUAUAUGGCUUUCCAGUUCUUUGCACAGGAGUACUAUCCCUUUUCAGAGGUUCUGGCAUACUUCACAAUUUGCUUGUGGAUAAUACCAUUUGCUUUCUUCGUAUCCCUGUCUGCUGGGGAGAACGUUCUUCCAUCUACAAUGCAGCAAGGAGAUGAUGUUGUGUCAAACUACUUCACCAAAGGGAAGAGGGGCAAACGCUCAGGUAUCCUCCUGAUCUUCUCCUUCCUGAAAGAAGCUAUUUUGCCAAGUCGACAGAAAAUGUACUAAAGCCCUGCUGUAUCAGUGGGGGACAGUUAAGGGCUCUCUGGUGGGUGUGAGUGAUGGGUUACGAAUAGGGCUGCUAUGUCCAGCUGACCUGGUGGACUGGAUGGAGGGGAUAAAGGAAAAAGGGGAACGUUUUAGAGGUGCCAAAGAUGAAAGAACUAAAAAGGAACCGGGGUGAAGGAUAACGUGAGGAAGAGUACACAGUCGGCCACGGAUAUAGAAGAUCCUUAAUGACACUAACAUGUCUGUCUGACUGUUAAAAUGACAUGAGCUCAGCAAACAAACGCUCUAUAUGCAACCCACAGUUGUGAACUGACUCCAGGCACUGGUUUUCCAAAUAGGCUGGUCUUGGACUAAAAUUAAAGACUCUUCAAUUCUCUAUUGUAGUCUAGAGCUUAGUUUUAUUUGUGUUUGUCCCAAAAUUUUUAAAGGCUUGUGUAACAGGUGAAUAACGUAUGGUGCUGGCUUCUUGGCACAAAUAGAUGACAGCAGCAUUAUCAACAGUAGAUGUUUAGGAUGUGAAUUUAAUUGUCAUGCACCACCCAGCAAGGCCAUGAUUUGUUGUUUGUUUCUGCUUUUUAUAAUUAGAAUUACACAAGUUUUAACAAAAAUCAGAUGUAAGCACAAUUGUAAGUCCAUGCAAGAUCAGUAAUGGUGUUUAAAUUAUGCAGCGAGUGUAAAACACAGACUUUUUUGGAACGAGAGUAACAAACUAUUGUUACGUGUUGAUAUAAAAGUGUGUAUUAGUGCAUCCAACACAGCCAUGUGAUGAUAUGAACAGGAUUGUGGUCCAUCUUAUUCUCUACAGUGAUCCAAAUGAUUAACACUGCUCAUCCUCUUUUCUUUUUAACUAAAUGAAAUUGAGCCUAGUGGUCCUUUGUUUUUACACAUUCUGUUAAUAAAAUGGGAGCUAAAUGAA